AAGUGACGCACGCUGUAGUGAAAUCCGCACGCUCAACAUCUUCAUGAACUCCUCCAUACAGCCUCUGCCUUCAGUGUUCUGUUGGAGCUAUUUUGAGAGUAUAAGUUGUGUAUGCAGGCAAAGGCCCUAACGGCAGAGCCUUCCAAAUCUGUGAGCUACAUAACUCCGGAGAAGCAGUGGUUGCAUGCCACUACUUGCCCUUGGAGCAGGCGAGAGACUUUCUGAAGGCUGUCUCGGGCAGCAUGCUGUCCUUCAGCCCUGCUUGUGCAAAUGCAGCAAGAAAGUGGAUGAUGAUCUUUCUGGAGCAACGUGGGAGAGAACUCCUCCCAGAGGUGCCAGAAGUCCUGACAGUCCUUUAUGACCGUCUGCCAGCUUGCCAGCAGGACGCCCUGAAAGAGAGUUUCUUUGAUGCCGUAUCUCUGCUGGCCUCCUAUCACCCAGAGGCAGUGACCAACAGCCUCCUGCAGAGACAGCUGCCCAUGGACAGUGACACAGCGGCGUUGUGGAGGACCCUUGGUAGAAGCUGCUUUGCGCUCCAAGUGCUCCAGUUACUAGUAGAGAGACUGGAGAGCACAGAAACUACCAGCAGCAGCAGGAACUGCCCUGAGGAUGCAGUGAAGGACAAGGAGGCUGCUCUGGAACCUCUCACGGUGACCUGUGUCAUCUCUGAGCUGGUGUCGGCCAUGCAGACCCAGGAAACAGUACCCUUCUUGCUUCCAUGGUUACUUCCAAUGCUGCUGAAGCAGGUCAGCGACACUCUUGGAAAGGAGAUGCCUUCAUCUCCAGGAAGAGUGGGGGAGAAGCUGGUCCGUGUGGCAUGUGGAGAAGACAGCCAUCCUUGCAGGCUUUCCAUCAAAGCACUCGAUAUCAUUCUCUGCAAGGGCAUUGAUGAAAAAUGGAUGGAGAUUCUCAGGAAGCAGAGAACCUGGGCUUUUCUGGAAAAUCCCCAGACUCAUCACGAGGGCAUGUGUCUGCUGACUAGUGUUCUGCUCCAAGCUGGCGUAAUCACCCUGGCUGUUGUAAAUGCUCUCUUCCCCUGGCUGGACUCGCCAGCAGCAAACCUGAGGACCAUGGCAACGUCCUUCUUUGCUGAGCUGAUGAAGCACCCACUGCUGCAGGAGAGGAAGCUGCUUCAGCCUGUCCUCUCUGCCUUGGUGGACAAAUCGCAGGACACCAGCACCACUGUGCGCCAGAUGGCAGUGAGAGGCCUGGGAAAUCUGGCCAGUGGAGCACCUGAGAAGCUGCGAGAGCAGAAGGCGGCCGUUGUGGAGGUGUUGCUGAGGGCCAUCAAGGACGUCAGCUCUUCGCAUAUCACAAGGGAGAGCUUGUCAGCGCUGGCCAAAGUGGUGGCGGAGCUGAAAGAGAAGGACCUUGGCAACACCUUCCGGGACAUUGCCCUGUAUUCCAAGACUUUCUUUGAUGCUGAGGAGGCAGUGCUCCGUUCCUCAGCCUUCACCUUAUAUGGAAUCCUGGCCUCCUUUGCCAAGAGGAGAUGGAAAUCUUUCCUGCGCCAAGAAGUCCGAACUACCUGGGUCAGAAUUCUGCUCCACCUUCGGGACCCUGACCCUGGAGUUUACAAUGCCUGCAGAAGCACUUUUGUGCUGUGCACUCCACUGCUGGGCCUGCGGAAGCUGCAGACACAUGUUACUCUGAACAUGGAGAAGAGUGGCGAGAAGCUUCAGGAAGCUGUCUGCAGUCACCUGGCCAGAAAGGUCCCCGAGCUUCUGGACAGUGCCUAUGUCACCUUCCGGACCUACUUCUGGAGCUCGUGUUGGGCCAUGAGGACUGCGGCCAUCAAAUUAACCGGUGUGAUCCUGGAAAACGCAGAUGCCCGGUGGCUGGGAGAGCAGGAUAUGAGUGCUCUAAGUACAGCUCUCCAGUUGAUGCAGGAAGACCAGCAUCCCAGCGUGCAGCAGGCAGCAGAUCAGGUCCUGGGAGACAACUGGUCCCAGCUGAGAAAUGUCCACACCACCUAGGCGGUCAUGCGAGUGCACCGCCCCCAGGAAAGUGAGGAGUGGGAAGGCCAGAGGGGCAAGGAGAGGGCAGCCAGUGCAGAGAGGUGGCUGUGUUACCACGGAGCCGGCGCAAUCAGCUGACCAAAAUAAAGCAUUGCUUGUUGA